CGGAAGUGGGGUUCAUUAUUGGUCAAUACUGAAUAAAUGUCGGGAAUUUUAUAGACAGCAUCAAUUGAACAUAAAGCUGUCAACAUGGAUAUGAAAUCGAAGCUGAAUAAAUUUGCUGGUGGGGCUGGCACUUUAUUUAACAGAGCUGUACAGUUCACAGAAGAAAAACUAGGUUCUGCAGAAAAGACCGAAUUAGAUGCACAUUUUGAAAAUUUAUUACAAAGAGCUGAGAAAACAAGAAUAUGGACAGAACGAGUUUUAAAACAGACAGAAGCAGUAUUACAACCAAAUCCAAAUCAACGCAUGGAAGAUUUAUUGUAUGAAAAACUAGAAAAAAAGAAAAAGGACAGAGUUACAAAUGCAGAACAAUUAGGACUUUAUAUGGUGGAUUCGGGCAACGAUUUUGGUCCUGGAACAUCAUAUGGUAACGCUCUGAUAAAAUGUGGUCAAGCAGAAAUAAAGAUAGGAACUGCAGAAAGAGAAUUUGUAACACAGUCUGUAAAUAACUUCUUACAGCCACUAAGGAACUUCCUGGAAGGAGAUAUGAAAACAAUAAUGAAAGAGAAGAGAUUAUUGGAGGUCAAAAGGUUAGAUCUAGAUGCUGCUAAAAGUCGACUAAGAAAAGCUAAAUCACCAAAUGCUCAGCAACAGACUGAUAUACCUCAUGAUCUAUAUUAUAUGGAGGAUGAUGCUGUAGCAAAGGCUGAAGCUGAUCUUCGUGCUGCCCAGACAGAAUUUGACAGACAAGCUGAAAUAACCAAAAUACUGUUAGAAGGAAUUAACAGUACACAUGCCCACCAUCUCCGCUGUUUGAAUGAUUUUAUAGAAGCCCAGAUGACCUAUUAUGCCCAGUGUCAACAGCAUAUGGUAGAUCUUCAGAGACAGUUGGGAAGUUAUUCCGUUGGCUCUAAUGUAGGUGGCGGUAAUUUACCCAACAUGCACCAGUCCUCAUCCGCGUUCACAAAUAAUAUCAACCCCCUUGAACCCUCAGCACCCCCUGCAAUACAAGUCACAGCUGCCACGCCCACAGAGAAAAAACAAGCUCGUGUUUUAUAUGAUUAUGAAGCGGCCAAUUCCUCAGAACUUUCACUGUUAGCUGAUGAGUUAAUAAUGGUAUAUUCUGUGGCGGGUUUGGAUCCAGAUUGGUUAAUGGCUGAAAAGAAAAAUACACAUGGUGUAGUUCCUUUAACAUAUUUAGAGAUUUUGGAAUAGGUUUUUUUUUUUUGAAAGUUUGAUUAAAUAUUAUCUGUUUUGUUUAUAUGUAUAUGUUUUAAAAGAAUAUUAUUGUUAGGCUAAACCUGAAUAGAAUUUUGUUUGACAGUUUUUGGAAAAACAACAAGAAUGAUUUUUUUGCCCAUCAAGCUUAUGUUCUGACAUGGAAGUUUUUCUUGGAGUGAUAUAGAGGGAAUGAAUUUGUUGAUAAAUAAAAAUGUUUUAUACAACUACUAGGACAUUGGAACAUUUAAAGGGGCAAAGAGGAAAGGGUAAUUAUUUGCCUUAUAACAGUAUUUUGAAAAUGAUUGAUUAUUGUAGAUUUAUUCAAGGAAAUUACAAUUAUUAGGAGGAUUGUCAAAGUGAUGGGUGAUUAAUUAGAAACUCUAAAAAGGCUUGUUCAAAUGAUGGGUGCUUAACCGCUUGUUAGAAGGCUUGUUCAAAUAAUGGGUGAUUAACCGCUUGUUCAAAUAAUGGGUGAUUAACUGCUUGUUAGAAGGCGUGUUCAAAUAAUGGGUGAUUAACCGCUUAUUAGAAGGCUUGUUCAAAUGAUGGGUUAUGAAGGUGUUAGAACAGAGGUGUCAAACAUGCGGCCCACGGGACAGAUCCGGCCCAACAAGGGUUUAAAUGUGGCCCGUGGAACAAAUUUCAACAAACUGACGUGUCGAUAAUUCUUAGAAACUAGUGGUGGAAAUCAUUUAUUAUUGUUUUCCGGUUUCAGUAAAAAUCUGACUUCUGUACUGUAUGUCAUAGAUAUCUAAGAUGUAUGUAAUACAAGCGAUUGUGGUGUUCAAUAUUAUAGCUUGGCAAUUGGAAACCAGACUAAAAAAUUAACUGUCUUUGUUUUUAGAAUUCAGUAAAGUUCAAAGACAUUUGGCUUUGUUUUUAAAAUAUUUAUAUAUCUCUGGCCCCUGAAUCAAAAUGAGUUUGACACCCCUGUCCUAAACAUCUUAUUAGAAGGAUUGUUCAAAUGGUGGGUGAUUAAGGUCCUGGAGCCUCCACUUACUUUUAGAAAAAGUUGUUUAAUGCAAAACUCUUAUGUGUUCUUAUUCAUCUAAAAAUGCACAAAUAAUGUUGUCUAUGGUGACAUGGUCAGAUCAUUUCAGUAUAAGGUAUAUAAUGUUUGUAUUUUCUCAAACGUUAUUUCUAUUUUGGUGUGGCUUAAUAUUUUAAUAUUUUAUAAAUAAUUCUUUAAUAAAGAGACAUUAUGUAUGUAUUUAUGUAAAAUAAAAUCUUACAUAUAUUUAUAUAAAUAUGUAUGGAUUACAGAUACUGUGUAAUGUCAUUCUUAAAAAUGUUAUUAUUCUAUGAAUAUUUCUUAUUUCUUGUGAAUGAUUGAUGUUUCUGUGACAGAUUUCCAAAUUUUUAUCUUUAGAACAUUAUGAUGUACAUUAUGAAUGAUUUUGCUUACUUGAGUCACUAUCCUGUAACCAUUAACAUUAGAACAUUAGUAUUGCCAUAAAUAGGGAGUCUUGACAGUUAAAAACUACAUCUUUUUGGCUUGAAGAAAUAUGUUCAGGAUUACAAUGCACAUAAAUUGUAAAUUAGUUUCACAAAAAAAAAGUUACCUACAAAGUGUAUAUCUUUGACCAUCGCACAGUUGUUAAUUCCCAACAAAUAUCAUGAGUAUCUUUAAUUAUCGUACAAUUGUCAUAUUAUUACUUCCCAACAAACAUCAUCAAUAUGUCAACAAUAUAAGAUUGACUUACAAGAUUUACAUAUUAAAUACAUCUCUUAUAAGCCAAUUGUUAUUCAUUUAGUUAUGAUCAGAGUGUUUUAAUUGGUUGAAGUAUUAAGAUUGUCCAAUUGAAUUUAUGUCUUUUUGAGCCAGUAGCUUUUAAAUGCACGUCUUUAGCCAAUUAUAUAUUCAUUUGGUAAUGAUCUGAGAGCUUCAAUUGGUCGUAGAAGUAUUAUGAUUGUCCAAGUGAAUUUUUAACACUUCUUGCAUUUCACAUAUUUGGAUUAUGUACUCAAAAAAUCUAAGAUGUAUGUUUUCUAGACAGUACUUAUAUAAAUCGUAACCACGACUCAUUUGAAGUAAGGAAGUUACAUAGAAUGAUGAUUAUUUAAUGAUUUCAGAAUGGAAAUGUACAUAGACAGAUUGAUUGACUAGAAAUGCUAAUAAUCAACGAAAAAGAUAAAGGUUGUAAAUUAACAUGUAGAAUAAUUAGAGAUAUGGAGAAACAUGUAAUUAAAAAUAUUAAUUCUUGUACAUCAUUAAACUAUUAUAAAUUUUUUGUUGUUGUUAUUGUUUGGCCAAGGUUUUUUUUUAUUAUUAUUUGUGGUUUUUUUUUUGGAUGAACAUACAAACUGUUUGUGCUUACAAGUGCUCUAUCUUUUUGUGAUCUAUUUUAUUAAAUGUUGCUUUAAAUGGUUACUUGUACUUUGAUUAUGUGAUCAAUAAAUAGACCGUGAAACCUCUUUUGUAGUAAAUGACAGAUAUGUUCAAUUGUUAAAUUUCAAAAUCUAUUAUGAAUAUUCAAAUAAAAGAAAUACAUAAUACUUGUAAAAAUGCUUGGUUCCUUGCAGUUAUUAUUAUGAAAAUAAAUAGAUUAGCUUUCUGUGGUUUAUGUUAGUGUUAAUAAUAAUUAUAUUAUAUGGUUUAAAUUUAGGGUACCAUUCUAUAUAACUUUGUCUGAAUUGGAGUGUGUUUCAUUACAAUAUAUAUUAGUAGAAAUGUAAAAGGUCCUUUUACCAACACAUACAGGCUCUCACUUUUUUUUUUUGGAGUUAGUUCAAUUUAAAAAGAUGUCUGAAGAAAUUGAAGUGUUAGUGUUACAUGUUAAUGAUUAAAUAUUUUAACAUGUAUAUACUUAAUCCAAAGGAGGCUUUCAUUUCUGGCUUUUGCCAGCUGGUCAAUUUUUCUGGUGAUUUGUUUAUUUCAGUUUUUUGGGGUUUUUUUUUGAAGAAUGACAAUUUUAGACAUCUAAAUUUAACUGUAGUGAUUUUGGAUUAAAUAUAUCUAAUUCUAUGACAUGCAUAUUGACUUACAGGUAGAUUCUCUAACAAGUCAAUUUAUUCAGUCAAGAUCAACAAAUAUGGACCAAAACCAGAGCCUUGAUACAUGCAAUUAAUUAAUCUAAAUUAAAAAGAUAAAUUCCAGACUUGGCUAUUAUAGGAAGUUACACAUUACAUAAUUUUAUUUUUCUGAAUGUCCACACAAAAGGCAAAAAGGCUUUUUCACUUCCAAACUUAGUGUUCAGCACUAUCUGUGUUACAAGUAGUUAAAUGAUUAAAUAAAUGUGCUGUAACAUUUGUUGCUAGUCCAAAUAUUCCUAACCUACCAAGGAUCAGACUUUAACUUUCCAUAUUAUAAUUUUAAAGAUAUACUUAGCAUGUGUAUAUAUUCAUUUUAAUGCCCUGCUAUAUAAUAUUGUUAUUAGUGUAUUAAAAUUAUUAAGAAUAUAAGAUAAUUGAAACAUCUACAUCUAAAAA